AUGUGUGGAAACGAGAUUUCAAAAGCCAACUGGGAACGAAUUAUCGGUGCAUAUCUUACUAGUACUAAACAAACAGUCAUUUCUACUCAACUUAAUAUACCAAGUAAUACUCAAGAUGGAGCGUCAUGUCAUACUUCAACUUACAGUAUUUGGUGGAUGAGAACACAUAACAUUCCAAUUUUAGAUUGGGUGGCACAAAGUCCCGAUCUUUACCUGAUCGAGAAUCUGUGGAACCAUUUGGAUAGUCAAGUCAAAAAAGGAAGCCUGCCAGUGUAUAAGUCAUCAGGAAUAUCAUCAGACUAUGAUGAUAUUGGUGGUUCAGAUGCACCUUGA